AUGCGGUCUCUGCUGCCUAGGGACCUGGCUCGCUUCGUCGUCGCAUCGCCCGAAGACCCGGAGGCCGAGAGAAUUGCGGAGGUGCUCCCGGUCAACUGCCGCGUCGAGCAUCUGACGGCCUUCCAGGGCAAACCCCUGUACGCUGCCAUGUCUCCUUACCGUUCCGCAACGGAGAGAGCCCAAGGAAUGCUUGGAGACACCCUCCGGCGGGCCUUGAAGCAUGCGCAAGAGGACCUCAAGACGUCCGUCAAUGUCGCGGUCAACACUGUCAGCAGCAGCGACUUGGUUGCCGCCGCGCAACUCAGGACGGGGAACAUUGAAGCUGGCUCCGCGCUCCGGGGCGCUCUCGCGGUGCUCGACUGGCAAGCUUCCCCGAUUGUGCAAGCUCGCGUCAGCCGGCUGGACACCAAGCCCGUCUUCAAGGCAGACAGGACCUAUUGGCUGGUGGGACUUUCGGGCAGUCUGGGCCUGUCCAUUUGCGAUUGGAUGAUUGCGAAGGGUGCCAAGUACAUCGUCAUCACCAGCAGGAGCCCCCAUGUUGAGGCAGCUGGGAGGAGAGUUGCCGGAAGAAGGGCGCAAUCGUAA